AUGGCUCUUCUCGAGGACAUAAUCAACUUCGCUACGCUCAAUCCGAUGGUGGUGGUCGCAAUUCCAGUGUUCUUGUUUGUUAUCUCGCUGCUCCGUUCGUAUCUUCGACUUGCUCACAUCCCCGGUCCAUUCGCCGCGGGCUGGACCAACCUUCCUCGCUUUUCGUGGGUAUUGAGCUUCAAAGCGCACGAUAUCCACACGGCGCUGCAUCGCAAAUAUGGCCCCCUGGUCCGAUUCGGUCCGAAUAUGGUCUCUGUCGGCGACCCGAAAGAAGUUGGCCACAUAUAUGGGUUUACGGAUCCAUGGAUGAAGUCUGACUUCUAUCAUGCGCUUCUUAUGAAACCUCGCGGAAAGCCGAUUCCCGGUAUUUUCGCGGCGCAGGACGAAAACAUCCAUCGCGCUUUGAAGAAGCCCAUCUCGAGCGCCUACUCGAUGAGCACGCUGCUCUCCUUCGAGCCUUAUGUCGACAGCACCAUGCGUGUCUUCUGUGAGCAGCUAGAGUCACGUUUUAUCGAGAACAAGAAACCGCUAGAUUUCGGCAAGUGGCUGCAGAUGUUUGCUUUCGACGUUAUCGGCGAGUUGACCUUCUCGCGGCGUCUGGGGUUUCUGGAGUCUGGAGAGGAUAUCAAUCAUGUCAUGGCAAACAUCUGGGAGACGUUUAAAAAGACUUCGCUGGUCACGCAAAUGCCCUGGCUCGACAAGCUCUGGACCAACAACCCCAUCCAGCGCUGGCGACGCGGUGGAGGAGCCAGCCCUGGGGCAGCUUUUGCCAUGGCCCGCGUGGAGGAACGACGCGAGCUGCAGCGCACGACGAACAAGAACGACUGGCACUUUAAUACUCGGGAUUUCCUGUCCCGGUUCAUGGAGGCAGAAGCAAAGGAUCCCUCCAUCCCACCGUAUGCUCUAGCUGCGUGGGCCUCGUCCAAUAUCACAGCUGGUAGUGACACCACUGGCAUCUUCCUACGAACUAUUUUCUACCAGCUCCUGACGCAUCCCGAAACUCUGCGCAAGCUCCGAGAGGAGCUAGACCAAGCUGCCGCCGCAGGCAAUUUGGAUGACCUCGCUUCAUGGAAGCAAACGCGAGAGUUACCUUAUCUUGAUGCAGUGAUUAAGGAGGGCGGCCGCAUUCACCCUCCAUUUGGACUCCCGUACGAGCGAGUGGUCCCCGCUCAAGGCGCGACCAUCUGUGGGAAGUUCCUUCCAGGUGGCACUCUCGUGGGGAUGAGUGCGUGGGUUGUGCACCGGAACAAGGAGUUGUAUGGAGAGGACUGUGACGAGUGGAAUCCGGACAGAUGGCUGAAAUGCGAUACAGAAAAGCGCAGAAAGAUGGAGAACGCUUUGCUAACGGUACGUUACCCUGCAGCACUGGAACCGAUGUGCCCUGACGAUGUAUAG